UUCAGCUCUUUUCUCUCAUCUCCUACACGUUGCUCUACUGUGUUUCACUCGUCAAUUGGAUGCUUCGGUCCGAUUACUGGAGUCGCCGCAUACAAGGAACGGCCGCCGUGAUACAACCUGCGCGUGGAUCACCGAACCAUCAUCUAACCGCGCCAUUCUCACAUAGUGGCGGCGUCCUUCUUUGCUUGCCAUGUUCCAUAAGUUGGCUUGAAGUCUGGCCAUUGCGUCGUUGAACUGCCGACGUCAAGCCACAGUCCGCGUUUGCGGUAACACGGCAUUUGUCUUCAGCCAGAGCAUCAGGGUUUCCAACUGGCGUCCCAGUCGCUAGGGGCGCUUCGACAUAAUUGUUUGUGACCACCUGUCCGGUCCCAUGAUGGACAUCAAGGAAUGGCUACAAGAUGCAUCGGCUUCUAUCCGUGUCCCCAGGCCUUCUCCCGGCUCUGCUCCCGCGCUCAAUAACUCGUCCUGUCUGUCCGAGUCCCCACCAGUGCCUGUAGAGCAUGCAAAAUUGGUCCAACGCAAAGGCAUCCGAUCUGACAGCUCCAUAUUGGACUCUAACUAUCCUCCGCGUAAACACACCCGCGGCAACCGGCCCGGUCCGAACCAUUCUUCAGUUCAUGGGACGGCUUCCGGUGGAGUUGACGGCCGUUACACGAAAGCCGAAGUCGUGUCUCCUGAAGUACAGUAUGAGCGUAGACCAAGACAUAAACCUCGCGCCGAUCUCUACUCGCCACAGUGCGGUACCCGGAAAAAGAGGAAGAAGGACCACAGGAAGGAAAGGAGGAGCGGACCGAACGACAAGUCAAAGGCAAAGCGCAACAGGGAUCUGGCAAAUUUACGCGCAUUCCAAGCCGAGAAUGUUGCUUCGGAGCGUUUGACCCUGAAGCCACAUGAAAGCCUAGGCAUCCUCAACAAAGGCCAGGCAGCAAGUGGUGGGCGAGGGCAAGCACUCCCUGACCUUGCCUUUGCGGAUAUGUCUUUCCUCCGAUCCAAGAGCGGCAGUGAACCAGCGCAUAAGUCAGCUAAAAAGUCUUUGAAGACGAAGCACAACAAACAUGAGCAGACGAUAUCAGCUUAUUUCGAUACUCGUCGGAAACCACCUGGGGAGAUUGACGCCAACUCUCAACGAACCCCCGAAAGGAAUAGGAAUGGCGGAUUGAAGGGAAAGACUCAUAGAAGUGGCCCUUCGACGUCAGGUAUCGGCUCGGGGACUCCAUUGGUCGAGCAUUCUCCGUUGGUAUACAUUCAGACGGCGGGGGAUGAGAGAACUCCGACUGCAAAGGCGUACACGUGGCCAAGCUCGCCAUUGCAACGCUUCGAAGCUACAGGUCACGAUGCGAGGGAAUUCUCGCCUAGUCCAGUGCAUGGAGAUUCCACUGCGCAGCGUUGUCAAUCAGGAUCAACUUUAUAUCCUCAUGCAGAAGACCUCCAGAGGCCAACGCAAACUUGCGUACGCGAUCGAGUUACUCGAGUAACCCCUCAAGGAGUCGACGAAGGAGCUCCCUCAAGAGCUGAGUCUACGGCCUACGAAAUAGCUCCUCAACAUCAUCCUCAUAGGAUUCGAGCUCUGAAGACCUGUGCAUCUACUCACCCCAGUCAUAUUCUGGAAAACCCCCCUUUCAGCCCGGUGCCGGCUCACCAGUCUCCUGCCAAUUAUCGGGUAUUUGUCCCGGAGUCGACUUCAAGUCCAACCAAUCAGUUUGACCAUCUAGGACUGAACAACCUAAGAUAUGCCGGAGAUGGACUUGGGCUAGGGUCUGCUGGAUCUCUGAAUUACAUCCUCGCACAUUGCGAUGCUGCCGUUUCUCGGAAUCUCCACGAGAGGGAGGCAACGGUCAUCGAUCAGCAUUUGCCCGAGGAGGGCAUUGGCCUAGAGCAGUUUACUGAAGGAUUUCAACUGGAGAAUACACAUGUUGCUGAUGACCGAGCGCAACCCAUUCCGCAGGCCUUCCCGGACUUCGUUCGGACCCGCUCAGUCGCCUCGCACGCGGGAGGCUAUAUAUGGAGCAAUCCGAUCGACCUCUAUGACGCACCGCAAGGCUUGCGUGAGGAUCCGAUGCAUGACAGGGCUGAGGCGGAACCGCUGGAUAUCGACGACGAAGACAAUCUACUACAGACAGAAGGGGAGCCGCAUGGAAGUUGGUAUCCUGACUUUGAUCACGGGGCGUCAGGUUCGGAUUUCGUGCAAUUGGACGACGCUCUAGUCCCAGACCCAGAAUUCCAAGGUGAUGGAAUCAUGGAGGAAUCCGACCUUGCUGGGUUUUGGAGACCGAAUCGGCUGUACUGAAAGGAUCAUCAAUGGAUAUAA